CUCUCCCACUUGAGGUGGUGGCGGUGGAAGACGAGCCCACCAGGUGUGGUUUGCGAUCUGCGUCGUGGGGUCUCGAGGGGGCGUGGGGUGGGCAUCGCUCUGCCCUCGUCGGGCCAUCCUCGUCGGGGCGCGGCGGAGCGCGCCGCCGAGGUCCCCGCCCGCCCCCCCCCCUGAGGGUGCGGGUUGUGCAGACCACACGCCCUGCAGGCCACGCCCCGCGGAGUCGCCGGACCUCGCGGCUGCCCGAGGGCGUGAGCCAGGGCGAGGCCCGCAGGGCCACCGCGGCCCUGCAGGCGGCCGCGGCGCUGCAGGCAGCCAUCUGGCGCGGGUGGCACGGGCGGGUCUGCUGCGGAGCCGGUCUCGGCGGCGAGCGCCAUCAUGGGCCUGCUUGCGGAGACGAAGGAGCUGGAGCCCGAAAGAAAGGAGCUGGACGGUGUCACGAAACGGAUGGUGGAGGCAAUUUGCAGGGACGAUUUCGAGGAGUGCGAGGAUGCCAUUAUGCAGGGUGCGGACGUGCACGUGGACUGCAGCGGGGGCAUGCGUGCGCUGCACAUGUCGGCUUUGCGUGGAGAGAUGUUCCUCACAGAACUGCUCAUCGCGCACGGGGCCGAUGUCAACGUGCGUGACCUCGCUGGCAAUACGCCCCUACUGUACACGUGCCAUUUCUACAGGCAGCAUGGCAGGGGCACCCAGCUGGUAUCACAGCUGCUCUAUCACAAAGCUGAUCCACACUUUCGAUGUAAGGACGGAAAGAUGGCAGGCAAGUCAGCGUAUGAUAUAAUGGAAAAGUGUUCCCGGGAACCGAACCGGGACGAGAACGCUCCACGCAACAUGUGCGCUAUGCUGCAGCUGGCGAUGGAUGGCAGUGAAUCUGGGUACGAGGCCAUCGCCAAAGUGUGGAUGCAGCAUAAGUCGGAGAAUAAGAAGCUGUACACAGUAUCUUCAAAGAGGGACAACUACGACUAUGCGAUGAAGAACAUUAAGUGGGAGACGCCGGAGAACGCGAAAAACGCUCAAGCUAGCCAGCCUGUCAGACUUAACGCCGAGGCGGACUCGAUAUUGGAGGAGAAGUUCACCUACCUGAAAGACUACUCGUUCAACGACGAGGGUGACAAGGUGAAGGUGUACGUCACCUUCCCGGACGGAGCUGCUGGCGCCCUCGGCGACGAGGGAGCGCUCCGGGUCGACUUCGAGCUCGAGGCUCUGGACCUGAGGCUGCGAACGGCCGCGGAGAGCUUCAGGCUCAGAGUGGAGCCGCUUUAUGGCACCAUCGACGUGGAGCAGUGCAAGCACCGUGUGUCGGCGUCGUCGGGCAAGGUGACGUUGACUCUGGCGAAGCGUCACAAGAAUCGCCGCUGGCCAACCAUACAGAAGACGCGCUAGGACCGCGUGCCGCAGAGUCUCGCGCCGCGCCAGUGCGUGGCGACCGAUCGCGCCAGUCGGACGUACUAGCAGUCCUCUCGACUCAGAGGGAUAAGAGCAUAAAGCUGCGUGAUGUGUGUGUGUGUGUGUGUUUGUGUGUGUGUGUGCUUGUGUUUUCGCUUGGAUGCCCCGUUCUGAAUGUGGGUGUCAGGUAGGGCUCGUAAAUCGGGCGCGACCCGGUCCUGAGCUCGGCUUUGGCAGUGUGCUCACCGUCGG